GCUCUGAGAGGCGGCCAAUGAGUGCGCUCGGGGAGAGCGGCCAGGCCAAUAUGGCUUCCUGCACCUGGUGACGGUCGAAGAAAGGGUGUUAGGUCUCAUGGAGAAGCCCCGGGGCGUCGAGGAGACUCCGUCUUCGGAACCCAUGGAGGAGGAAGAGGAGGAGGAGGAUCUGGAGCUCUUCGGUGGCUAUGACAGUUUCCGGAGUUAUAACAGCAGUGCCGGCAGUGAGAGCAGCUCCUACCUAGAGGAGUCAAGUGAAGCAGAAAAUGAAGACCGCGAAGCUGGGGAGCUGCCCACCUCCCCGCUGCAUUUGCUCAGCCCUGGGACUCCCCGCUCCUUGGACGGCAGUGGUUCUGAGCCAGCUGUCUGUGAGAUGUGUGGUAUCGUGGGUACAAGGGAAGCCUUCUUCUCCAAGACCAAGAGAUUCUGCAGUGUCUCCUGUUCCAGGAGCUACUCCUCCAACUCCAAGAAAGCCAGUAUCCUGGCAAGAUUACAGGGAAAACCACCUACCAAGAAAGCCAAAGUUCUGCACAAAGCUGCCUGGUCUGCCAAAAUUGGAGCCUUCCUCCACUCCCAAGGGACCGGACAGCUCGCAGAUGGGACACCAACAGGGCAGGAUGCACUGGUCUUAGGUUUCGACUGGGGGAAGUUUCUGAAGGAUCACAGUUACAAGGCUGCUCCUGUCAGCUGCUUUAAACACGUACCGCUGUACGACCAGUGGGAGGACGUGAUGAAGGGGAUGAAGGUGGAGGUGCUCAACAGCGACGCCGUCCUCCCCAGCCGGGUGUACUGGAUCGCCUCUGUCAUCCAGGCGGCAGGGUACCGGGUGCUGCUCCGGUACGAAGGCUUUGAAAGUGAUGCCAGCCAUGACUUCUGGUGCAACCUGGGCACUGUGGACGUCCACCCCAUUGGCUGGUGUGCCAUCAACAGCAAGAUCCUGGUGCCCCCGCGGACCAUCCACGCCAAGUUCACCGAUUGGAAGGGCUACCUCAUGAAGCGGUUGGUGGGCUCCAGGACGCUUCCCGUGGAUUUCCACAUCAAGAUGGUGGAGAGCAUGAAGUACCCCUUCCGGCAGGGCAUGCGGCUCGAGGUGGUGGACAAGUCCCAGGUGUCACGGACCCGCAUGGCUGUGGUGGACACGGUCAUCGGGGGUCGCCUACGGCUCCUCUACGAGGACGGCGACAGCGACGAUGACUUCUGGUGCCACAUGUGGAGCCCCCUGAUCCACCCUGUGGGUUGGUCACGGCGCGUCGGGCACGGCAUCAAGCUGUCAGAGAGGCGCAGCGACAUGGCCCACCACCCCACCUUCCGGAAGAUCUACUGUGACGCUGUUCCUUACCUGUUCAAGAAGGUUCGAGCCGUCUACACGGAAGGCGGUUGGUUUGAGGAGGGGAUGAAGCUAGAGGCCAUUGACCCCCUGAAUUUGGGCAACAUCUGUGUGGCAACCAUCUGCAAGGUGCUCCUGGACGGCUACCUGAUGAUCUGUGUGGAUGGGGGGCCCUCCACAGACGGCUCGGACUGGUUCUGCUACCACGCCUCUUCCCACGCCAUCUUCCCAGCCACCUUCUGCCAGAAGAACGACAUCGAGCUUACACCCCCGAAAGGGUACGAGGCUCACACUUUCAGCUGGGAGACCUACUUGGAGACGACCAAGGCGAAAGCGGCGCCAUCGAGACUCUUCAACAUGGACUGCCCCAACCACGGCUUCAAGGUGGGCAUGAAGCUGGAGGCUGUGGACCUGAUGGAGCCCCGGCUCAUCUGUGUGGCCACCGUGAAGCGGGUGGUGCAUCGGCUCCUCAGCAUCCACUUCGACGGCUGGGACAGCGAGUACGACCAGUGGGUGGACUGCGAGUCCCCGGACAUCUACCCCGUCGGCUGGUGUGAGCUCACCGGCUACCAGCUCCAGCCGCCCGUGGCCACAGCAGAGCCCACCACACCUCUGAAGGCCAAAGAGGCCACAAAGAAGAGAAAGAAACAGUUCGGGAAGAAAAGAAAAAGAAUACCACCAACCAAGACCCGGCCCCUCAGACAGGGGUCCAAGAAGCCCCUGCUGGAGGAUGACCUGCAGGCCACAGAGAAGAUCUCGUCGGAGCCCGUUCCUGAUGAGAUCAUCACCGUGCGCGUGAAGGAAGAGCACCUGGACGUGGCCUCGCCCGACAAGGCCCCGAGUCCCCAGCUGCCUGUGCCCAUCGAGAGCAUCAAGCAGGAGACAGACGACUGAGCCCGCCUCGCUGCCAGCCUGGCCGCCGCUGCCGCCACCACCCUCCACGCCCUUCCUUUGGAGACUGAGCUUUUUUGUGUAAAAUCGGCCUGGUGCCGCGAGGCCAGGCACCGAAGGAACAGCCAGGGUCUCCUCCGGCCGGGCCUGCGCGGCCAGGGCUGCCCGAGACCUGCAGACGCGCCGCGAGCGGCUCCCUCUCCAGCCAGAGCUCCUUACUACCGCCCCUCCACACCCACCGUGUCCCUCAACUGCAGGGGUGGGGGACACACUGGGUGGUGGUGGAGGCAUGGCACACGUGCACACGCUCCUGCCUGAGCAAGUCAUAAAUAAAGGCCUGGAGCGGCACUCAGGGGAGACAGUCCCCUGACUGAUGCAA